CCCUCUGUUCGUUACUUUGCCAACAGGCCCAACAGCCAACUGCCAAAACAAACAUCAGAACCGAAAAGCGCAGUCCGAUUGUCAAACAAAUGCAAAAGCUGGAUGACCGAGUAAAAACUGUGGAACAAACAAAUUGAUGGCGGAGGUGCACAUAAUCGGACAAAUACUGAAAGCAGUUGAUUUCGCGGAGCCUCAUUUGUACUGCAAGUGGUGCCUGCAAAGCGGCAACGCCUGGCGUCUGGUGCAGGGCGAGGUACAGGGACAGAGCCCUGUGGCGUCGCACCGUCUGCAGAACUGCUCCGACUUUGUUCAGCCACUUGACAUCCACCUGAGCAGCGCCGCCAUUCAGGGUUGGCCCCGUCUCCUGGUGGAAGUGUACGCCGUCAACGUCCUGCAUCAGUCCUGGCCCGUGGGCUACGGCUUCGCACACAUCCCAACAACACCCGGAGCACACCGACUUGAGAUUGCCACCUGGAAAGUCGCACCCAGCGGCUGGUGGGAGAGCCUGCGAGAGAGGUUCGGCGGUGGAGGAGCAGCUCUGAGCAAAACGGAUCUACUUUUCUCAGGAGUGGAGAGGUACAAACUUCAAACUCUCACCUCUGGCAAGGUAAUCGUUGAUCUAAAGUUGGUAUUCCGAAAAUUCGAGGACUACGGAGUCGAGUUCAAGUAACCAUGGAGAGUCGUUUACUUCU